AUGGGGACUCUUCUCAAAGGCGGCAGUCGCCCCAAUCCCGUCCUUUUCGUCGUCGCAUUCUUAGCUUUAAUAUCGCUGUUCGGGACAUGGGAUCUGCUCGUCAGGAACGGUUAUGACGAAAAGAUACCGGGUGGUGAUGCUCAGUUCGACUCCGAGGAUCCGUUCCGGAACACGGGAGGCGAUAGGCACUCGAAUCAGGGAGACAACAUCUAUCCCUGGGAAGCAUCCACGCAAGAAUUUCCAGAGCCGCUGCCGCCUCCGCCCCCGGCCGAUGAAUACACGGCCGUGCUCACCGAGAACGACCCGGCACGCGUGGCCAAUCUGGCGCCCAUCGUGCUGCACUUCGCCUCGGUCCUGGGCCCCAAGUGGCCCAUCACCUUCGUGACGCUCGAGGAGAAGUACAAGAACUGGACGGCGCCGCCGGCCUUCCGUCGUCUCGUCGACAACAAGCAGAUCCGCAUCCACUACCUGCCGCCGGGGACGGAAUUCCCCUCGCACGAAUCCGUCUCGCUCUUCCUCUCCGGGCCCUGGCUCUGGGAGCAGUUCACACAAUACAAGCGCAUCCUCAUGUUCCAGGUCGACAGCAUCGUGUGUGCCAACUCGAAGCACAGCGUCGAAGACUUUGUCGAGUUUGACUUGAUUGGCGCACCAAUCAAGCCAGGUAUUGGGUUCGGGUUCAACGGCGGCCUGUCGGUGCGAAACCCAAAGAUGAUGCUCGCCAUCUCAGAGGACCUGCAGAGGAGGAAAGAGACGGACCCCAACGUGCAGAGCGAGGUCGACUACGAGGACCAGUGGUUCUACCGCAAGAUCAAGGAGCGCGGAGGCAAAUUACCGGAGCCGGAGAUCGCAGGGAGGUUUUCGGUCGAGACGCAUUACUAUGAAAAGCCAUUGGGAUAUCACCAGGUGCAGAAGUUCCAGCAGGACCAUCAGGAGGAGAUUGACAAGUAUUGCCCGGAGGUAGCGAUGAUUGGAAAGGGAUCACAUUUCCGGUGA